AUGAGUCUAUGCAGUGUGCCUUCUGAAAUUCUUCGGCUCAUUGCCGUCAACCUUGGUCCCGAUGAUUUAUUCCACCUGGCUAUCAGCAGCCGCCAGUUCAAGCGCAUCCUGGAGGAUAAGGUCAUCUGCCGAAAGGUCCUGGAGAGUAUUAGAUAUUCGUCAGACUAUACGCAAGAGCGUGAAACCGGAGAUUAUGACAAGGCGCUGAGGAGGCUCAUCAAGCGACGCGAGGCUCUCCAGAUGGCAAGGCCGUUUCAUGUGCUGCAAGUUUCCAGUGAAGCUCUACAAUUUACGUAUACAAAUGGCGCCGUGUGUUAUACUACGAUGAAGAACUCACCUACCUACCAGCGCCACCUGCGAGUCCUGGUUCUCGAGGGUCCUUCUGUCAAAGAAGUAAGCAUCGACAUUCCUAGCCUCAUAAAAGCCUCUGAUAUACCCAAUUUCGAUGAGUCUCUACCGUACCAAUUCAGGCCACUUUAUCAUGCGGAUGGCAUAGUUUCGUGCUUAUACGAGCAGAAAAGGUCCCCUGGUUCUAGCCGCUCGUUGAUUAUAUACAACCUCAAGGAAGGAAAAAUUCUCGAUUCCCACUCUCUGUCCUCGACUGCGAACAUUUUUGUCCGCAACAAUAGCCAGUAUCUUUACUACGGCACAAAGUCUUACCCGGGCUCUGGGCAGCGCCGAUGGAUGCUCGAAGGGUUCUCUCUGGAACACUCGACGUGGCUACGCAGAAUCGUUCUCUGGGAUUUGGCUGGUUCUGAUAUGGGGUCAACGAUAUGCUUCGAGAUCUUUGGCGACCAUCUGUAUGGCGUUUCCAGCCAAGAAUUGACCGAAGCGGAGGACUCUGAAUGGGACUCGCCGGCCCAUGCGCUAGAUUCCUAUUAUUACGCCUUUCGGCUCCCACUGAAGGACCCUUCCCGAGUCCAGGUUUUGCCAAGAUCAGCUCUAUGGCGGCGAGGUGCGACGGACGGGCCCAUUGAUGAUCGAUGGUGUCAUCUGCAACUUGGACAGGACGAAAAAUCCGGUCAAAUAUCUAUUUUCGAAACCAGAAAAGAGUGGCUCUCUUCAUGGAGCCGUCGCACUUGUUACCAAAAGCAGCUCGACUGGCCCUCUAUACCGCAGAGCACAGACGGCCAUCCCGAAGACGAUUGCUCCGACGGUCAGGACGACGCGGCCCACUGCGAAACAGCCCCAGAAGAUAGUGUCCAUCGCGGUGACACCGGCUUCUCCUCUUCGACUUUCGAUUUCCGCAAUUCCCCUGUUCGUUCCUAUAACCCCAGCUGUCAGGCCUUUGUGGAUAUUGUUAGCAGCACAACAGCAUCCAGUCCGACAGCCAAACGCCUGCGUUUGCGGUCGGAAGAUCAAUAUGUCAGGCUAUGGCCUGCUGACCAGGGAGAGCAGGGAGACAAGCAGCCCAACCAGUCUCUUGACCACUAUGUCGACGAGCUUCUCAACCCUCAGGCGCAUUUUGAUGAAGUCGACUUCGCAAUGGAUGAACGGGUCUUGGUUUACUCACCCAAGUCUUUGAAUAGCCCCAAUGACCCACGUUCCAUCGUCCUCGUUUCCUUUGAUCCAGCCCUGCAUUUCCAAGGGCUCUCUCGUUGCUAUGGGCACUCGACACCGCCAUAUUCGAUGGGCCACCAGCUGAACCACGACGGAAAUGCCCACUCCUGCGGCUCAAGCAUGAUUAUGGAUGGGGAAAUCGCGGCGGACUAUUCCUCAAAGAUCCAUGGUGUCGACUUAUCUCUCCCUAGGGGAACCGGGCAGAGGACCCGUGCUUCCUCCACCUCGACACCGAAGACUGAUUUGACUGGAUUUCGAUCCAGGAAGAAGCCACGUCUUGAGGGGGCUUGUAUACCAAAUAACAAGGUCUCCUUACAUUGCGGAUGA